CCUUGCUGUAUUCCGACAGCAGCCCUUACAGCCUUUUCCUUCCACUCCACUUCAGACACCAACCACUCUGGUUGUUUCUCAAGCCUCCGCACCGCAGGCCACCAGAAAAACGUUUCGAAUCAGCAAACUGCGAUAUGAGGAAACAACCGUUUUGAUUAAGCCGUUUGUUGGAAUUAUGCAUUUCCCAAAUGGAGCUAAAGAUGCGGGGAUUAAAUCAGAAACGGCCUCGACUUUUUUCACUGGAGUAACUGUACAGAAGUGGACAUUAACUUUUCAGACUCAGUUCGGACUUAUAAUGUCAGCAGUACUGAGUGAUUUUUAUGAUAAAAUUUAACUGUUUGGAUAAUUUCGUGACAGUACUCCCUGUUGUUUGGAGCGUUUUCUUGCGCGAGACGGAACUUCCACACCUCAGGAAUUCAACGUAAGAAACUGAAGUGUCCGUGAACGCGGCAGCCUUUGCAGCUAACGUCCAAACAUGCCGCAGCUGAGCAGAGACGGGGACGACCUGGGUGCAAACGACGAACUGAUCGCGUUUAAAGACGAAGGGGAGCAAGAGGAGAAGCGGAACGUGUCCGCCGAGCGGGAUCUGGAUGAUGUCAAGUCUUCCCUGGUCAACGAGUCUGAGACCAACAGCAGCUCGGAGUCGGAGGCAGACAGACGCCCCAAGCCCCAUCCAGAUGUAGAGACCAGAGCUCGACACAGCCAGCUGAUCGAGGAAGUGCUCAGGAGGCAGCAGGAUGCAGGUCUUUUCCAGCCAUCGCCAUAUGUUGGGUAUCCCUUCCUCAUGAUCCCCGACCUGGGGAACCUCUGCAAUCCCUACCUCACAAAUGGACCCAUCACAUCGAGCACUCGCACGUACCUGCCAUUUCAGUGGCCUCUGCUUGAUGUACCAGGAAGAGCAGCUAUCAGAGACUCUUCUACACCCACACACCUGUCUAACAGUGUACCUGUGGUGCAGCAUCCCCACAUGACCCACCUCCAUCCUCUGCUGUCCUACAGCCCUGAGGCCUUCUCCCCUCAGAGGGCAUCGCCUGGCUUCUCUCCUGAUGCAGCAGUAAUGUCAAGAACCCCUGCCUCCUGUUAUCCAGUUUCUCCAGGAGGCAUGGCUCAGAUCCCGCAUCCUCUUGGAUGGUUGCCGGGACAGCCCAUGUAUCCCAUCACUGGGGGGUUCUCACCUGCAGCUCUAGCUAUGAAUGCCUCCAUGUCAGGUCUGGUGUCGAGUAGCUUCUCUCCUCGUCUGGUUCCGACCCCCCAGUCAUCCAUUCCCCAUCCUGCUAUUGUGACCACAGCAGUCAAGGUGGAGUCUGGAGAAUGCAGCAGCCACCACCAGCCCGGAAAGUUGAUGUCUGACGCUCAGCAUGAGAAAGAAGAGAAGAGGCCACACAUCAAGAAGCCGCUGAACGCUUUCAUGCUGUACAUGAGGGAGGAGAGGCCCAAGGUGGUGGCUCAGUGCAAAGUGAAGGAGAGCGCCACCAUCAACCAGAUACUGGGACAGAGAUGGCAUUCACUGUGCAAAGAAGAGCAGGCCAAAUACUAUGAACUGGCUCGCAAAGAAAGACUCCUCCAUUCAAAGCUGUAUCCCAACUGGUCAGCCAGAGACAACUAUGGUAAAAAGAAGAAAAGGAAAAGGAUGAAGAGUGAAUCUCCGUUUGAAGUUUCUGCUGCAGCUGCUGCAGACGACUUCCCUCCACAGCUGAAGAAAGUUCGCAUGGAGACACUGCCCACACAAACUUCACACACACAGAGUCCACACACACAGAGUCCACACACACAGAGUCCACACACACAGAGUUCACACACACAAACUUCACACACACAGAGUUCACACACACAAACUUCUCUCAUACGCCCUCACCUCACACAGCCACAUACUGUGUCCCACCUGACACACACCCACCUGUCUCAGGCAAGCCCCGCCUCCUCCCUGGACUCCCCGGCAACACCCACCACAGCACUGGCCUCACCUGCCGCUCCGGCUGCGACUCACACCGAGCACACACACUCCUCUCACAGCCACACCGGCCACACCUCACCCUACGCGGAGCAGCUGCAGCCACUGUCCCUCACCACCAAGCCCCACCGGACCGCCCAUCCUCUGAGCCGCCACACUCCAGGACCCUCCACGCCCUCCUCCUCCUCAGACACCCCCAUCUCUUCACCCCUCACCACCUCCUCAAGGAGUUCCCCCCAUCCUUCCCCACUGCUCUCUCAGCCGUUUCUCGCCCCACCUCCUACCUCCAUUCAGCAAUCAGCUGCGAGCUCACAUGGUGCCUUAUCUUAGUCACAGCUGUUCUCUCUGUGAGGAACCAAUCAGCUGAGGAGUUGUUUCUCCUGUUUGCUAAAAUACGAUUAAAACACCUAACAAAGCAUGAAUUGUACCUGUUUUUAUGCUGUAAAUAAGCCUCUUUUUUAAAGCUUUUUUAGAACAAAUAGACAUUUCAUGUUUUAUAUUGGUAUGAAAAGGACAUACUUGGUCAAUAUUUGACUGCAUCUCUAACUUCAUGAAACUGAAUUUUUCUCAAACUGUCACACUUUCUCGUUUCUUUUAAAGAGCGAUCAACCUGUUGUAACUGAAAGCAAGGUGAUGCACAGGGUUUUGUUUAAAAAUACUUUUUCACUGGGUAGUUACGUGUUUAAAUCUAUUUUGUGGUUCUUCUUUGUUAAUAAAUAUUCACCAAGUUGA